CUUCAUAACAGAUUGUGUCAAGAUCAAACCAUUUCUGAAAAAGGUUUAAUAAGCUUGAAUGCUGUUUGGGUGUUUUUCAAAAAUCAAUAACAUCUCGUGAUUGGAACCUUCAUCAAAUGUAUUGGUAUGUGCCUUGCUGUAUAAGUGAGAAGGAGAAGGAUUUCAUGCGAAUUGUUAAAUAUGGAGGCAGCCACUAAACUGCACUUUGCGUGGGUUCUUUAAAUGUUGCUGUUCUGUUGCUGAAUGAAGUAUGUGAGCUGGAUUUUCAGCUGGAAGGACUCUACUUCCUGAUCAGGUCAUCAAAAAUAUUGCACUGCUACUGUGAUAGCUGAGAAAUGCUGACAGUUUGCUGAUGAAUAUAGGACAAUGGAACUAUUUUUUCAACAAGUGCCUGCAACUGACACAGAUGAGAGGAGUGCAGGCAACUACUGGGAAAUUAUGAUGUCGCAGGUAAAGGUUUUGCCGUCCAGCCAAUUUAUGGGAAACAAUAGAUUGGAAAACUUGGCAUUCAAGAUUCAAAACACACAGCGAAGAUUCAUGGGGGACUAUAAGAAAAGAGCAGCUUCACCAGCUUCCCAGACUGCAUCAAUGCCAGAGCUGUCUAGUGAGCACUUCAUACACACACCAAGUUUGAACAGCCAGAAUGGAAAUGAUAGAUUUAGCUGCAAAAAAGCACUAAAUCAGUAUUAUUCUGGCUUCACAAAGUGUAGUUCCAAUUUGAACUAUUCAGAUAUUCCUUUAACAGCACAUGGCUGGAAAAUACAAGAAUCCUCAGUUUACAAAGCAACUAACUCUGAAAUUGCUUUUGAUGCAAGCAUUGAGAAAGUUCGAAUAAAAGACUUCUGUAUGCAAAAGAAAGAGUGUGUGACUGUAAUAACAUCUGAUACUGUAAAAUAUCACCAAUUACCUAAACGAAGCAUUGUAUCAAUUUACACUGUCGAUGAAAACUAUGACAACAACAACGAAACAAGACCUUACACAAAGAUUGAGAAAGUAAAUAUUCCUUUUUCAUCAGUACCUAACAACAAUAGGUUGAGCACCAAGAAUGAAAACAGUGUUGUUCAAGCUUUGUCAGAAGAAACUGGGAAUAACACAAAAACAUGUUUCUUUAUUCGACACUCCCAUUUCAGAGCACCAAGAUCUGAGCUGUAUGUAACAUCCAGCAAAGACAAUGCAAUGAUUUCAUCCGCUCUUAUCACCCUAGCAAUCAGAGAGGAAGCAAGCAAAGAUCAUUCCUAUGCUUCAUCUAAUUGUUUACAGCAUACCCAGCCUGGACACUCCCAUCAAUUAUUAAGCAAGCCAAAUGUUAAAACACUAUACACACCACUGUCAAAAAUGCCAGAUGAGGAGAACAUUUUGGACUCCACUACACAUUGGAGAAAAGACAGAAUCUUAACCAAAUCCAGGAAGGGGUUUUCCUCCAUUACAAUUACAGCCCGAAAAUUGAUAAGCCCAGUUAAUAAUACUUCCAAACAAACUGUCAGUAGUUCUCCCAAUGAGAAAAAUCCAGCAGCACGUGACAGAUCUGUGAAAGUUCUGAAAAAUUUCAAGAGUUGUAAAGGUAUUGCACAUAUUCAUUCCCCCACUGAUAAUGCCAAUGAAUUUCUUUGUGAUGGAUAUACAGCUGCAGUGGAGUGUUCUGAGCCUCGCUCAGCACUACAUUCAACAGAAGACAGGCCAAGCUCUUUAAAAAUUGAUAGCAGGCAUCCUGAAAUCUUGCUGCUAAGCAACAACGGUGACAAAACCCACCUUCUUGCACAGCAGUUUCACUCGUCUAUAUCCUUUUCACAUUUUGAUGUCCUGCCACAGUGCUUUAAGAGUACAUAUUAUUUAGACAAACCUUUUUUGGUCGAUCUUUGCUCUGUUACAAACAAUGGAUUAAAGCAGAAAACAACUUUAUCUUUCAAGCUAAAUUGCACUUCUUCCAUAUCAUCAGCAGAUGGUGGCAAUGGCACAGUCAAACUCAUUCCUUUCACAGAAAUCUCAAAACAAAAAGUUGAUUUCAACAUAUUGGAUCAGAAAACAUUGGAUGCAUCUCUGACAGACAACGACUGCAUUCGGGAACAAAAAUCAACUCCUCAGAAGGAAUGUAAAUCUGCAUGCCAAUGUAAUGGAUAUGUGCGUUCUGCUAUAAAAGGUGCUCCAAGAUUACCUAAAGAGUCUGCUCAUUUCUUUUUUUCCCUUUCAAAUAUGAAAAAAGGAAUGACAUUUGCCAGAAUUGAUCAGAAGUGUAAGUGUCAUCAACAAAAAAUGCAGCAUUCCUUCUUUGAGAUUGUCACGGAAACAGAUGAUAUAACAUUUCCCAACAAUCAUGUUGAUUUAAUUGGAAAGAGGAAAGACAUUGUGAAACAAGGAAGACAAAAAUCCACCUUCAGAAUGAUAGCAAAGUCUACAACCAGAUCUCCCAUUGUACAUCAAGGUGAAAACAAUAACGUUAGCCAGUCACAGCUCAACACUGAGUGUGAGAAAACUACAUUGCAACUACUCACAUUGCGGGAGGCACUGGAGAUGUAUAAACCAGAUUUCAUCUCUCGAUCACAGAAGCGUGUUCAACAGCUUGAGGUUAAGGCAAAGCGAAGAAAAGUCCAGCUGACUGAGCCAAUGGAACUGCAAAGGAAAAGAAUGGAGUCCUCAGUGCAAAACAUGCCAUUCUCUUCACCAAUUAAAAAGCGGCAAUGUACCAUUCCACAUCCUUUGAGUGAUAAUCUAUUUAAACCAAAGGAGAGAAUGAUUCCAGAGAAGGAAAUGCAGAUGAGAUCCAAAAGAAUUUAUAACAUGCUGCCAGAGGUGAAAAGGAAAAAGGAGGAAGAGAAGAAGAAAAUUAUUUCUCAAACAAAUCGAUUGCGUGCUGAGCUUUUCAAAAAGAAAUUGCUUGACCAAAUACUACAGAGAACCAAUGACAAUGGGCAAGAAUCAGCAUGAAGGACUGUUACCUUCUAGAGAAAUGUUAUCAUUGAAGCCACUACAAUUUACUAAAAUGCUAAUUGCUCAACCCCAACCUAUUAAGUUUGAAUCCAUUCAUUUUUAAACUACAAAUUUUCUGAAUCUUCAUAAAGAUUCAUAUUUUGUGAAACCAUAGCUUAUCACUAUUUCACAGUAGAGAGUUCAUUGGUUCAUUAGACAGAGCUGCAUUUACAACAGAAAUAAUGAGUGUUUAAUAGUUAUACAUUUUAUUUAAUCUUCAUCCACUGGAAUCAGUUUAGCCAGGAUUUCUGCCUACCUGUUGCACUUGUUGCCUUUGGUCAAGGUUCUGGAUGUUUUUUAUGAUUUGUGUUAGUCUCAGAGUCAGAUUAAGAAUUGAUGGAUUAUUCAAUUCACACUUCUCUCCCCCUCAAGCCCUCCCUUGAUCCACUGAACCACGUUUAUGCAAUAAAAUGCACGGUAAAACUGGCCUGUAGCAGAUUGACACAGUAUUUUAGUAUAAAAGCAAACAAAAUCACAAUGAACUUGUAACAUCACAAAAAGUGCCUAUCUUCUAUCCAAGCCUAGCCAAUAGCUUAUAGUGUCAUAGAGUCAUAGAGAUGUACAGCAUGGAAACAGACCCUUCAGUCCAAUCCGGCCAUGCCAACAGUU